UGUACAAAAUAAUGGCAUGCAUUAAUGGGAAAAUGAAGUAUAUUUGUGGGGUGUUAAUUAUCCUCCUUAUGGCCGUUGUUUGUGAAGCUGGCGUCCCUGCAGGCGCAGUUUCAGGAUUCAUUCAAGCAAGAGACGCCCAUUUUGCACUAAAUGGAUCUCCAUUCCUCUUCAAUGGCUUUAACUCGUAUUGGAUGAUGGUUGUUGCUUCAGAGCCAAGCCAAAGGUACAAAAUAUCGAGUGUGCUUCGCGAGGCUUCCGCCGCUGGGCUCACCGUCUGCCGGACAUGGGCAUUUAGAGACGGAGGUUACCGAGCUCUCCAAAUAUCUCCGGGCGUUUAUGAUGAGCACAUCUUUCAGGGACUUGAUUUUGUGAUCUCGGAGGCAAGAAAGUAUGGAGUUCGUUUAAUUUUGGCUUUGAGUAACAAUUACCAAGACUAUGGAGGAAGACCUCAGUACGUGAAAUGGGCUAGAAGUGCUGGCGUGGCAGUCAAUGGUGAUGACGAUUUUUACACAAAUGCAGUCGUGAAAGGGCACUACAAGAACCAUGUGAAGAAAGUGCUAACAAGGAUGAACACAAUCACUGGAAUUGCAUAUAAAGAUGAUCCGAUGAUUAUGGCUUGGGAACUAAUGAAUGAACCACGCUGCAAAGUUGAUCUCUCUGGCAAGACCAUAAACGAAUGGGUUCAAGAGAUGGCUCCCCAUGUUAAAUCCAUUGACAACAUACACUUAUUGGGAGUUGGCAUGGAAGGUUUCUAUGGAGACUCAAUUCAGGAUCGAAAGCAAUACAAUCCUCAAGGUUUCCAAGUUGGAACAGAUUUUAUAACCAAUCAUAUGAUUAAAGAGAUUGACUUUGCAACUAUACAUGCAUAUCCUGAUGUCUGGCUUCCAGGACAGAGCGAUUACACGCGAAUGACAUUCCUGCAAAAGUGGGUGAUGAGUCAUUGGACAGACUCGAAAAGCAUCUUGAAGAAGCCAUUGAUUUUCGCCGAAUUUGGAAAAUCAAAGAAAGAUGCAAGUUAUAAUGCCUUCUUAAACACUGUUUAUACAAGCAUCUACAACUUUGCCAAAAAUGGAGGAACAAUGGGCGGCGGUUUAGUUUGGCAAAUCAUGGCGAAAGGGAUGGAAUCGUACUUCGAUGGAAAUGAGAUUGUUUUGUCCGAAAACCCUUCUACAAGGGCUAUCAUUGCUCAACAAUCUCGGAAUAUGGCAGUUCUUCAACAUUCAUUAAAUAGCUCAGAAAGUAAGAUAUUGAGGAGUAACCGAAAUAACCAACCAAAUGACUAGUGAUUAUUAUGAACGAAAAAGGAUGGCAAUGGAGCUUAAGCAUAAGGAAUGGGAACUCUAGGGUUUCAACAAGAUAAUUAGAAGAUGAAAUUAAUGAGAUUUACUUUUCAAGUU